GUUGACAAUAAGUUAGGGAAAGUGAAAUUGAAGGUUUCUACGGAAUUAAUGGCAAAAUUAAUAUGAAAAAUUAAUUUAGGGUCAAAACAAAAUUUGUGGGAAAACUUAAUGGCUUUUCUGUUAUUAACUCAACUUGGGAUGAAACAUAAUAACUAAUCGAGAGAAAAACGAGGACCGAAGUGCACAAUUUAUAAAAGGCCUGCUAUUUACAGCGGAAACCACAGCGAAACUUCGAAAUCAUGGCGUCCGGAAAACCCGAACCACCGCCUCCCACCGACUAUCGCUACGAUGCUCUUCCUUCUACUCCUCAACAAAACCAAUAUGUCGUUGUCUUACCCUUCUACUCUCCCUCCGGCCACCGCAGGUGGCGUCGUUUAUGCCGCCGCUAUCUCUCCUUCGCCAGCACCAUCCUCCUUCUCUCCGUCGCUCUCUACUUUAUCUGGCCGUCUGAUCCUUACCUGAAAGUGGUCAAUCUUCGGCUCGACCGUCUGAAAAUACACGCUGUUCCUAAGAUCUCCCUUGAUAUUGUGUUAGGUGUAAAAAUUAAGGUUCGUAAUCCUGAUGUUUACUCGCUCAAUUAUGAGUCUCUCAAUGUCUCGGUCGGGUACAGGGGAGAGCAGCUAGGGUUUGUCACAUCGGAUGAUGGAAAGGUUAAGGCAUUCGGUACAUCGUAUAUCGAUGCUACACUGGUUCUUAAUGGAUCAGAAGUGAUCUCCGAAGCAUUUUCUCUGUUUCAAGAUCUGGUGAAAGGUUCGAUCCCGUUUACCACGACCCCUGAAAUUCGCGGCAGCCUUGGAAUUUUCUUCUUUCAACUGCCAAUUUCGGCCAAGUUAUCAUGUGAGGUUGUGAUGAACAUAAACAAUCAAACAAUCGAACGACAAGACUGUUAUCCUGCGUGAUGUGAUGUGGAAGAACACUGACAAAAGCUAUCAAGAAGAAACAAAUCAUGCUAUGGUUUUAGGUAAAUUCUCCUUAAAUUAGUUUUUUCUUUUCGGGGGGUGAUUAUUGAUUAUUGUGUUAGAGCUGAUUCAUAAAAUAAACCCCAAUGUAAAUAUAAUGACAUCAUACACUCCGGUUUACAUAUUGUUAAUUUGUUAUUUCGCCUUAUUGAUUGAAAUACGUGUAACUACCAUUUCUUUCAAAGAAAUAUGAACGUCAUUUUCGCAAAAAAAAAAAAAGUAUGAAAAAAG